AUGAAAACCGACCUGGAGCUGGCCUUGGAGUGUGUCAUCAAUGUCUACCACCAGUAUGCCAUCAGGAACCCCAUGGAUGACUACCUGAGCAAGCCCGAGUUCUCGGAGCUGCUGAAGGAGAACGCCAAGCCCUUCCUCCACGACACCCUCCCACCCAACACAACCACUGAUGACUACAUCAAGCAGCUCUUCACCAAGGCAGACGCCAACCGCGACGGGCGCCUCAAGUUCACCGAGUUCCUCACCACCUUGAAUGGGGUUUUCAUUGAUGCUCACAAAAGGUCCCACCACCAUGGCCAUGACCACGGCCAUGACCACAGCCACGACCACGACCACUGA